AUGGUCAUCGUCAAUGGUGAUGAAACUCGCAUAUUUUCUUCUUACAAUGAUCUCGAGCAUCAAAGUCGGGCUCCGUAUCCAAGCCACCGUCGAGGGCAUGUUGGUAAUUACAGAUCGUAUGAAUUUUGCCGUUGCCGCUGCUUGUGUUGUUGCGAGUGCGGUUUGAUGCUUGUUAAUUAUACAGACAGCAAUGUUUAUGCCAUGUGGAACCCUGCAACCGGAGAGGAAAAGCUUAUCCCAAAUCAUCAAAAUCAACGUCAAUUUGAAGUUUGUGGAAUUGGGUUUGAUUCCAAAAACAAUGAGUACAAGCCCUUCUUCGCUUAUUCUUUAAGUGAGAGAAUGGAAAUUGAGAUGUACAGCUUCAAAACUAACCAGUGGAGGAAUCUCGUAUACCCACCCGAUUCGGAGUCGGAAUUAGGAAUUGAUUUUCUCUAUGGAUAUAGAUGGAUUGUAUACGCCAAUGGGAUUGCACAUUGGGUAGGAUACAUUAGUCAUGAUUUUUUUGAUAAACUUAUCAUAAUUUCGUUUGACAUGGGUAGUGACAAGAUUAUAACCACACCUUUUCCUAAUGAUGUUGUUUUUAGCUAUCAUGUGGUUUUCAAUGAAUCCCUUGCUCUUGUUAAUUAUCGUGGCCCAGGAAGUUGUAAUUUUGAUAUUUGGGUAUUGGGUGAAUAUGGUAACAAGGAUUCAUGGAGUAUGUUAUUCACUAUUCCAACUCUGCAACCCCUGCAAGAUAUUAGUAGAAUUGAGAGUUUUUGGAGCGAAACCACGAUACUUGUUUUGUGUCAGGAGGAGGAGAAUGAUGGGGAUGAGAAAGCUAAGCUAUUUCUGUAUGACACGCUUACCCAACAAGCAUUGGAUCUUCAUAUCGGAGGAAUAAAUACAAGGGUGAUGACCUGCCCAAAGACAUUACUUCCGAUAGUCUCCCAGUGA